AUGAGUGGUUACGAUAGAGCCUUAUCCAUUUUUUCCCCAGAUGGUCAUAUUUUCCAAGUAGAAUAUGCUUUAGAAGCUGUGAAAAGAGGUACAUGUACAGUUGGUAUUAAAGGUACCGAUUGUGUCGUUUUAGGCUGUGAAAGGAGAUCGACCUUAAAAUUACAAGAUACAAGAAUCACACCAUCUAAAAUCUCAAAAAUUGAUAAUCAUAUAGUGCUAUCUUUUUCUGGUUUAAAUGCAGACUCACGUAUAUUGAUUGAAAAGGCCCGUGUUGAAGCUCAAUCUCAUAAAUUAACAGUCGAAGAUCCAGUAACUGUUGAAUACUUAACAAGAUAUAUUGCGGGUGUUCAACAAAGAUAUACCCAAUCAGGUGGUGUCAGACCAUUUGGUAUUUCUACAUUAAUUGCAGGCUUUGAUCCUAGAGAUAAUACACCAAGAUUAUACCAAACUGAACCAAGUGGUAUUUACUCAGCUUGGACCGCUCAAACAAUCGGUAGAAACUCAAAAACUGUACGUGAAUUCUUAGAAAAAAAUUAUGACAGAGAUGAGCCUCCUUCUACUGCGGAGGAAUGUAUUAAAUUAACUAUUAAAUCAUUAUUGGAAGUGGUACAGACUGGUGCUAAGAAUAUCGAAGUCACUUUAGUUAAACCAAAUAAUGAAAUCAUCGCUUUAACUACUGAAGAAAUUGCUAAAUAUGUGGAAGAAAUUGAAGAGGAAAAGAAACAAAUUCAAGAAGAAAAAAAGAAGAAGAAAUCUAGCCAAUAA